CCUGCCCCUAUUAUCGCUUCGGUUCGCCGCCGCCACCGCCUCCUUUCGCCCGCCCGCCAUGUCGUUGCUCGCCACGGCCACUCCCACCAUCUCCGCUCACUUCUCCGCUCCCCUCGUCCCCUCCUCCCACGCGCACCGCCGGAGCGUCGCCGCCCCACUCCGUCGCAUCCGCCGUCCGCGCCUGGUCACCGUUGUCGCCUCCGUCCCCGACCCAGCGGCGGGGCCGGUGGAGUACACACCCUGGCUCAUCGCCGGCCUCGGCAACCCAGGCAACAAGUACUACGGCACGCGGCACAAUGUGGGGUUUGAGAUGGUGGAUCGCAUCGCACGGGAGGAGGGGAUCACGAUGAACACAAUCCAGUCCAAGUCGCUGCUGGGAGUAGGUUCAAUUGGCGAGGUGCCAGUCUUGCUGGUAAAACCACAAUCAUACAUGAACUACAGUGGGGAGGCGAUUGGACCUCUUGCAGCCUAUUAUCAAGUACCGCUACGACACGUCCUCUUGGUUUAUGAUGACAUGAGUCUGCCCAAUGGUGUACUAAGGAUUCAAAGGAAAGGAGGUCAUGGUCGCCACAAUGGGUUACAGAAUGUGAUUGAGCAAUUGGAUGGACGCCGGGAGUUUCCUCGUUUAUCUAUCGGCAUUGGUAACCCACCCGGAAAAAUGGACACACGAGCUUUCCUUCUGCAGAAGUUCAGUUCAGAGGAACGAGUGCAGAUUGACACUGCUCUGGAGCAAGGGGUGGAUGCUGUGAGGACCCUUGUGCUUAAGGGUUUUAGCGGAAGUAUUGAAAGAUUCAACCUGGUGCAGAAGUACAAGUUCCACAGGGUUUGAAUGCUUGAGUUAACUUCUGAAACCUGAUAUGCUCCAACAUCUUUGGUAGUAGUUUGUAGUUUUGAACUACUCAUAGAGGUGUACUGAGUUGCUGCCAAAGUGUCCCUGCAGUUUUGAGGAUACUAAAACCCAUCAGAGUGUACAUAAGGGCAGUGACGGAGCUUAAUGAGUAGCGCAGGAGGAGGGGGGGGGGGGGGGGGGGGCGCUGCGAAAAGCAUGGUAGGAUCUGAAUUUUUCUUACUGUACAAAUGGUGAAACUAGAUGAUUCCUAAUGAACUUUGUGGAGGGAGGGGCCAUAGCCCCCCUUUGACCCCAUUGAAGCUCCGCUGCUGCAUAAGGUAGUAUUUUCUCCAUAUUUUCCUUAGGAGAACAUAUGGUUAACUGAAACUGGAAUAUAAGAUAGGUUAAUUUUGACUAAGGCCAUGUAAAAUUACUCAUAUAUUCUGUAAGCUGAUGACUAAGACAUUUGAGUUUGAUGUAAAAGAGAAAAUAUAGAUCAAUUUGAUCCUCCCCUCGCUGAA